UUCUUCACAAUCUUUAUUGAAUUUAAUGAGCACAUUAUACAUAAUGGCAUUCGUAAUAACAAUAUCAAAUCAAUAUCCAUUGGAAGCGCUAUCCUCGAGUUAGGUUUGAGCUAUUUGGGAAGCGUAUCGAAGGGCGGUAACAAAGCUGGAUUUCUGGAGUCUGUUCCGCAUGGUUUGCUUGUUUCAUUGCAUGCGAUGAAGGUAGACACGGAAGUGUUGUAAAUUAUAUCUGAGCUGGCCCUCACGACUAUUCACAAAGAACUGUAGGCGAGGGACAGAGCAAGGCGCCAAAAACAAAGUAUCACGUUUUCCACCGCUAAAAUGUCUAAACUAGAUGCGUUUAGAGAAUUGAUCCGUGAGAUCCUCACAAUGGCAGCUUUGGAGAUUUUUGGAGGAUUUGAAAAAACGCAUGCUGAGUACAAAGAAGAAAUCUCUCGUUCUGAGGAGGAUAUGAAGCGGCUACAACGGCUGUUGGACGUUGUUACUCAACCCGAGAUCAAGCUACACCGAACAGAUGUGCAGCAGCUCUCUCUCCCGGAGCCCCCACAGAUUAAAGAGGAACAGGAGCUGACCAGUAAGGAGGAAGAGCAGCUCCAAGGACUGCAGUCUGAAACUACAGACUCCAUGUUCACCAGGGACUCCAACUUGCAUAUCAGAGCAUUUCUCAGUGAGAGAUUAACAACAGCAGCUUCAGAGAUUUUCGGGGCCAUUGAAAUAACAUUUGCUGAGUACCAAGAAGAAAUCUCUCGUUCUGAGGAGGAGAGGAAGCGGAUACAACGGCUGUUUGACAUUGUUGCUCAACCUGAGAUCAAGCUACACCGAACAGAAGUGCAGCAGCUCUCUCUCCCGGAGCCCCCACAGAUUAAAGAGGAACAGGAGCUGUGGACCAGUCAGGAGGAAGAGCAGCUCCAAGGACUGAAGUCUGAAACUACAGACUCCAUAUUCACUUCUCUCAGUGUGAAACGUGAUUCUGAUCAGGAGGGCUCCUCUGAAUGUUCACCUCUUGUCCAGACUGUUAAAGUGGAGGACAGAGAAGGAGACUCUCUACCCACCAACACAACUGAGGAGCAAAUCAAACCAGAGCCUGAUGUACAAGACUCUGCAGCACCAGAACUAGGCAGUGACUCUCAGCCCCUCUCUGUUGUAGCUCCAGACUGUCAUGCAGCUCAGAGUUUGGAGGAACAUGGAGGAGUGCUGCCCUUGCGAGAGACAAUCAAUUCAACAAUAACACAAGUACAUUCAGCUGUGCCAGGUGGAAAGAUGCCACAGGCAAGUCCCACAGGAGUGAAAGUACAUCAGUGCCAACAUAGUGUCAGUGUCAAAAGUGUUUUGGAUUGUCAUAUGAGUACACACACAGGAGAGAAACAUUAUCAGUGUCAACGCUGUAGCAAACGGUUUGUUAGCAAAGGUAAUCUUGUUAAACACAUGAGAACACACACAGGAGAGAAACCAUAUCGGUGUCAGGAAUGUAGCAAAAGUUUUUAUGAGAAGUUUAAUUUGGUUCAACACAUGAGGACACAUACAGGAGAGAAACCACAUCAGUGUCAGGAAUGUAACAAAAGAUUUUGCGUAAAGUCUCAAUUGGUUAAACACAUGAGGACACACACAGGAGAAAAACCAUAUCAGUGUCAGGAAUGUAAAAAAGUAUUUUCUCAAAAUCAGAGUCUGGUUAGACACAAGAGGACACACGGGAGAGAAACCAUAUCAGUGUCAGGAAUGUCAUAA